AUGGAACCAGGAAAUGAUACACAAAUUUCAGAAUUUUUUCUUCUGGGACUUUCAGAGGAACCAGCAUUACAGCCCCUCAUAUUUGGACUUUUCCUCUCCAUGUACCUAAUUGCUGUGUUUGGGAACCUGCUCAUCAUCCUGGCCAUCAGCUCUGACUCCCACCUCCACACACCCAUGUACUUCUUCCUGGCCAACCUGUCCUUUGUAGACAUCUGUUUCACCUCCACCACCGUCCCAAAGAUGCUGUGGAACAUCCAGACUCAGAGCAAAGUGAUUACCUACGCAGGCUGCAUCGCGCAGAUGUAUUUUUUCAUACACUUUGCAGGAUUAGAAGUCUUUCUCUUGACCGUGAUGGCCUAUGACCGCUUCGUGGCCAUCUGUCACCCCCUACACUACACGGUCAUCAUGAACCCCCGGCUCUGUGGGCUGCUUGUUCUGGUGUCCUGGGUCAUGUGUGUCCUGAAUUCCUUGUUACAAAGUUUAAUGAUGUUGUGGCUGUCCUUCUGUACACACUUGCAUGUCCCCCACUUUUUUUGUGAACUCAAUGAGAUGCUCCAGCUUGCCUGUUCUGACACCUUUCUUAAUGACAUGGUGAUAUAUCUUACAGCUGUGCUGCUGGGUGGUGCUCCCCUGGCUGGGAUCCUUUACUCUUACACUAAGAUAGUUUCCUCCAUACGUAGGAUCUCAUCAGCUCAGGGCAAGUAUAAAGCAUUUUCCACCUGUGCGUCUCAUCUCUCGGUUGUCUCCUUAUUUUUUUGUACGAGCCUAGGAGUGUACUUCAGCUCUGCUGCUACCCAGAGCUCCCUCUCAAGUGUCACAGCCUCGGUGAUGUACACGGUGGUCACGCCCAUGCUGAACCCCUUCAUCUACAGCCUGAGGAACAGAGACAUAAAGAGGGCUCUGAAGAGAAUCAUUGGGGUUCCGGCAAUGUAAGGGCCAAUAGUCCUGGGGCUGGAGACAUACCCAUGACUGCAAGGCUCAGAGCCUCAGAGCUAUUCCUUGAUCAGACUGUGGAAGUAGAAUCUGUUCCUUCUAUUUAUUUCCUGGAAUUUCCAUUUGUUUGAAUCCAACUUCUCCAUAUAUUUAAAAAACUCCCUUUAUGAAGCUUCUGCUCUGUCUGAUACACUAUUUCACUUUUGUUCAUUUUCAUGUGUUCCCAAUGUUUUCCCCAACCUUAGAUCACAAAUGCCUGGAAAUUUCUGUAUCUUACGAUGGGCAAGUUGGUCUCCUUGAAAAUAAAUCAAAUGAUUUAUACCAUGCCAUAUAAAUUUUCCCUAAUUUUCCCCAAAGAAUAAUCCCAAGGUGGGUUCUUCAUGUGGAAAAAUACUGCACUUGGCCCCUAGGCCCUCGACACAAUUUUAUUGUAGAUGGAAAUACAAAACCUCUGCUUUCACCUGGAGUCUGUCAAUCCCUUUUAAGUCCCUUCCUUAAGAACUCUUUGAUGAUGUGGACCAUAGCAGGGGUCCAUUGAAGCCUCAGGCUAUUGACACCAAUGCUUAGGUAGGAAACCCCAGGCAUUUGCAUAUGGCCUUGUGCUUGUGGACAUUCCCCCAAGUGUUUCCCUGACCAGAGCCUAUGCUGUGACUGCCCUGGCCUUUGGGUUCUUAUUUUGGUCACAAGACACACCUCAGCACCACCCACCGGAGGACUCUAAAAACACAAGGUUCAUUGCUCACAAACGUUGAGGGCACAUGGGGUUCCCAAAGGCCAUUCAAGGAGGUCUCAGAGAGGGAGAGACUUUAACAGGGAAGGAAAGAGAGCACUAUGAAGGAUCUGGCUUUUGGGGGGCCCAUGGGGGGAGUGACUAUGUUUUUCUGGGCUCAUUUUUUAUGGAUGAAUUUAAAACACGAGUGGAGUUAGAGGAUUGGCCAAAUGGGCCAAGGAGAGGGGGAAUGGAGUGAUGGAAAGAUCAAUAAUGAGAAUGGAAGACACAAUGUGUGGAAUAUAGUCAUCGAUGAUGUACUAGCGGUAAUGGGACAGGUGUCAGUACACCUGUGUGAGCCCGCAUAAAGUACAGAGAAGUUGAAUCACUGUAUUGCAGACCUGAAACUAAGGUAACAU